CCAUUAUUUUGUAUCCGUUCAACUGCUGAGCAAGCCGGUCUUGAAAUUAUCGGCAAAAUAAAUUGGGUUUUUGUAAUUAUGUGUCAUUAUUAGAUAAAGGAAACAUGUUAAUUCAAACAUUACUUUGGCAAUGGUGGCUGAUUUUGGGGAUUAUAUCGGUGUCAGCGAACGAUGUUAGCCCACCACAUAUACUUUUUAUAAUGGCUGAUGAUAUGGGCCACAACGAUGUUUCAUAUCACGGCUCGGACCAAAUCUCCACACCUAACCUUGACGCUCUCGCCACUCGUGGUACAAUUUUAAAGCAGUACUACAGCGAAGCAAUAUGUACACCUGCUAGGACCGCGCUACUCACAGGAAAAUACCCCAUGAGAACUGGAAUGCAGGGUUUUCCUUUGUACAACUCAGAAGAUCGAGGUAUUCCACUGACUGAAAAGCUGUUGCCGGCUCAUUUGAAGGAUAUAGGUUAUAAGACGCAUUUGGUUGGGAAAUGGCAUCUUGGAAUGGCGAGCAAACAAUUUUUGCCACAGUAUCGAGGUUAUGAUAGCCAUUAUGGACUGCGCGGAGGAUUCAUCGAUUAUUUGACACACCAUAAUGUGGAGCAGUGGCCUGACGGUACACUUUUGUUUGGUUUGGAUUUAUUCGACAACGAUGUACCUCAAAUAACUGAAGAGCGAUAUGUUGUGGACGCUCUAACAGAUAGAGCUGUUGAAAUUAUAUUUGGCCAUAAUUCGUCCACACCACUCUUUCUUCACUAUACGUCGUGUGCGCCACACGCGGGUAAUGCUGGCGGAGCUUUGCAACCACCUCUAUACAAAAAGCUUGGCAGCAGACACGUUGCUAACUCAGAUAGACGACUUUAUGCAGAGGUUGUGCGACAUCUUGACUACAGUGUGGGACGACUUGUCCGGGCGUUGGCUGAUAAAGGCAUUCUUCAUAAUACACUUAUCGUAUUCGUGUCUGAUAAUGGUGCACCCACUACAGGAAUGUACAGUAAUUGGGGAGUCAAUUUGCCCUUUAGGGGCCGGAAACAAACUCCCAGGGAGGGAGGGGUAAGAGUUCCAGCCUUCAUUUGGCAUGCCGGCUUGAAACCAAACGUUUGGGAUGGUCUUAUGCAUAUUUCUGAUUGGAUGCCGACAUUACUCGCAGCUGCUGGCAGAAAGAAGUUCGAUGAAAUGAUUGACGGAAUUAACCAAUGGCCUUCAAUAUUACGAGGACAACUAUCUCGAAGAAAAGAAGUGUUGGUUACUGUUGAAGAUAGAGAUAAUGGAUACGCAGCUUUACGCAUGGGUGAUUACAAACUAUUAAUUGGAAAUUUCACCGGAGUUGCGAGCGACUACUAUGGAGCUGAAUUCUUGGCAAAUAAAGAAACGCCGCCAGAUUUUUACGACUCGUUGGCGUCGUCUGAAGUUGCUAAGGUGUUUUCAACUUUAGGAAUUACUUACGACUAUGGGGACGUUAUCGCUACGAGGAAAGCGGCUGUGGUGAAGCAAAUAGACACGAUUAAAGAUCAAGUCCCUUGUAUACCAACACCAACCCGCGGUUGCCUCUACAACCUUAAAAAAGAUCCAGCAGAGAGUCACGACUUAUGGCUUCGAGGGCAGAAAAUCGUUUCCUUGAUGACUAUGCGCCUGAAUUCUCUCUGGUCUCAAAUGGUUAGACGAGGCCCAACCAAAUUAAACAUAGACGCAGAUCCAGCUAGUCAUAACUAUAUUUGGUUGACGUGGCUCAACAAUUUCACCCAAGAGAGCCCUCUCAAUGAAAAAUAAUUUUAUAAGGAUGCACAACCGCUCACCGUCGGCUGUGAAUGUUCGAAUAACUGACAAAAUUUCUUGUGUGUCGUACAAAUAAGGAGUGUGUUUCAAUAGUUCUGUAUCGAAAUUUUAAAGAUGACAUAUAAUCGCGAAAAUAGUUAAUAUAUUUCUUAUACGUACAAAUAAAUAGAGGUCUUAAUAAUUGUUAUUUUUAUAUAAACUAGUCAUCAUCAGUGUAGCAGGCAUUUUUUGUAUUAUCUAAAAUCUGUAGCACUAAUCACAAAGUACUUUUAAAAAUCAUACCUAGAACGUGAAAUUAUUUUUAAAAUUACGUUUGUUAUGCUAGUAACAUGUUACAUUACUUGUAUGCUCAAACAUUUUUUUUUUAGAUUUAUCGACAAGCUUAUGCUGCCUUUAAUCUUUUAAUUGCUUUCUUGGACUAGACCCGUUUUGAUAACAUGAAAACAUACACAAAAAACAUAUUUCGGAAUUGUUACAUAUUUGGAACGAUAAUGUUAUUAAAAUGUAAUUUUUAAAGAAUAAGUAUUGUAUAGAAACACUCUUUUUAUUAUAUUAAACAAAGUCCAGGCAAAAAGGAUCAUCAGGCGAAGAUUUAUUACAGAGUAUUGUAAUUUUAAUACAUAAAUUGUUUUGAAUAAUCAUGUAUUGUACUUGUUAAAUGCAAUAUUAAACAAACUAAUUAUUUCGUAUCAAUAAUAAAUGUACAUAUUCUCGAAAUCUUCAUGUAAACUAGUACAUACUCGUAUCUAUUUGUAUAAGACGUAUAUUAUAUAAUAGGAAGAACGUUUAACAAAAAUUACAGUAUAUAAAAAU